UUCAUUAUCUUGGUUUCCUGAACGGAACACCUGCCCACCACGACCAACCUUGUAUCACAACACCGACGUCGCCUUCCACUUUGAUAGUCGGACAAGCCCGAGGCGGCAUGUGGUCAACAUUUGGGUCGGGUCUUUGGGUUGCCCGCCAUAUCUAAACACAAAACGCUGACGAGAGUGGUGUGCUUACAGGAAGCGGCACCCGCUCACAAUCACCAAACACGCUCGUUUAUAAACAAGAAAACAUACUACUACAUCAAAUAUGCGUUCCGCUUCGCUAAUGGUUGCCGCCGUCUUGACGGCUGGCUCGGUCGUCGUCGCUGAAAACAGACCAAAGAUCUACUACCCCCGCCACGUCAUUCGCAGGUUCACCAACGAGACCGGUUCGACCCCGUCCGACGGCGUCUCGACCACCGCGAAUGAGGAAGCGCCCAGCAAUCCAUUGAUCAACAUUCCCACCCUCGAUCUUCCUGGAAUCCUCGACCCCAGCGAUGGGCCGUCCGCUCCUGGUCCUGGCAUCAGCAACACUACUCGCACGUCUAGUGGCAUCACAAUCGCCCCAACUGUAGUGUCUAGUUCGUCAGACUCAACCGAGACCACCGGGGAGACAACCACAGAGAAGCCCAGCCUUGGCGACAUCAUCUCUAGCAUUCUCAAUGGCGACGAUCCCGCUACCACGACGGGCACCGGUUCGACGACGGGUACCGAGACUGCGACAGCGACUUCAAGCUCGACCGGCGGCUUGGACCUCGGCAUCACCUUGCCAACUCUGAUCCCGACCACCACGGAGACUAGCGAGACGGCCAGCGCCACUGCCUCGAGCUCUGAUGCGGAUUCGGUCAAUGCCACUACCACAUCGACUACCAGUGGCGGUCUCGGCAUCACACUGCCUACGCUUCUACCCACUCUGUUCCCCACGACGACAGAGGAGUCGAGCACCAGUGAGUCGACCACUGUCGGCGGUGCCAACGCUACCAGCAGCUCUUCUGAGGGCUUGGGUAUUACCCUGCCGACCCUCCUGCCGACCCUCUUCCCGACCACCACCGAAUCAUCCGCAUCUGAGUCCACGAGCGGAUCUGUCUCGAGCAGCAGCGGAAUUGAUGUGACCUCGCUUUUCCCUACUGUGACUCUGGUCCCGGACCCGACCACGACGCCUCCGAUCUCCAACGUUACCGAGUCGUCCACGUUCAGCAUUCCUUCGCAGACCGCCUCCGCAAGUGACUCUGCAUCUAUCACUCUUCCUCCCACAGGCUCCUCUUCAAUCGUCCUCCCGCCACCUACCAGCGUGCCUGGCAACUCGACGACCGCCUCUGAGACUUCUUUGCCCCCUGUCCCGACUUCAAGCAUCGUCAUCCCGCCACCUAUCGGAAACUCCACGGCGAGCGCCUCGUCCUCGGCCUCGAUCUCGGCGUCGACCUCGAGCGAACCGGUCCAGAUCCAGACCACUCCGACAUCCACCUUGGUUCCCAGCACCACGUUCACUGGCACCAGUGUGACUCCCACCGCCACAAUCACCGACUCGGAAUCCUGGCUCCCUACGACCAUUCUCGUUCAGCCUUCGACCACGGAUAUGAGCACCGGUGGUCUGCCUACAACUGCUACUGGCAUUCCUAGCAACUUGCCCCAGGCCCUCUCGCCUUGGGACGAGGCUCCUCAGCAGCCCGACGGAACGUCUCUAAUUCAGAUCUCGUUCCUGUAUGGUGUCAACUACCAGUUCCUGGUUGGGCAGCCCAUGGCUGCUGCGCAGCUGUUCCAGCACUUGCCGGAAGCACUCGCUUUUGCCGGUGGCUUUGACAAGUCCAAAUCGGUCAUGCACAGCAUUGUUCCGUACGACACCAUCAGCACCCUCGGCUACAUCACCUCUCAAGCUCUCGUCUACUUCCCGACGGACCAGAUCCCUCAGUUGCAGGUGGACGUCAGGACCCCGGCUUCGCUGCUGUACAACAACCCUUCCCCGAUCGUCUACAACUUGACUGCGGAGAUCAACCCGGCCAUUGACAUCAUCCUCGGCUCGCUUCUCAACGGCGGCACUGGAACUGGUGGCACUGGGCCUUUCCCCACCGACACAGGCCCGUCCAACAACGAGCCCUUCAGCGCUGGAAACUCUGGUGAAAACACAAGCGGCACUCAGAAGGCGCAGACUGCUGGUAUCGCUGUUGGUGCCGCCGCUGUCGCCUCUGCGUAUGGUGCUGCCAUGUUCAUCAUUGCUCGCCGCUACAAGCGCAAGAGGCAGGGCCACAAGCGCAACAGCUCGAUCUCCUCCAACUCUGAGAUGAGGCAGACAGGCAGCCCUGCGCUCAUGGGAGGUGCUCUCCUCAGCAGGGACUUCACUGGAUAUGGUGGCGUCCAGGGCAACACCCGCCACAGCCAGAAUAGUGGACACAACUCUGCCCGCACCGCGAUCAUCUCUGCUCCUGUCGCUGCCGAGAACUCCUUGGGAUGGAACUGAAAACUUGCUGCACAUCAUGCAGACCCCGUACAUCAAGACCAGGUGUAUUGUGGGCAAUCCUUCCAGCAAGGCCUGACAUGCACGUCCGAG